GCCGGCGUAACACGGAAGAGUUGCCUACCAUGUCGGAAUACUCGAAGGAGAACUUGCAGCAGCUCCAUAUCCAGCUACAGCCACAUCCGCGAGCCCGCGACCGGGUUGUGGCCAUCACAGAUUUCAUCGAGGGAUCCGUCAUUUUCGGGCAGUACGCACUCGCUACAGCCUUACUCUCGACUGAAAAAGGUCGAAGAUGCGACGCCUGUACUCGACUCGCCUCUGAUAAGCCUCUGCGUCGAUGCUCAGGCUGCGCGGAAUACUACUACUGCGACGAGCAUUGCCAGAGAUAUCACUGGCAGAGAAAUCACAAGCGCAUUUGCAAGCUCUAUUCGUCCUUUUCGGCUUCCCUUGGCAGCCUUCCUGAGCAUGGCAGGAUGGACGCGGUCCUCUUGUCGCACCUGCUCGCUCAGAUGACACCUGACGAUCUGGCAACGGAAUCAUCUCCUGUGCAAACACUUUUAUCUCUGCUGCCAAGUUCGCAGGAGGAGAAUCCCGCGCCCCCGGUUUGCUACGUCCCGCGAUUCGUGCCGUCCAUUCUGGUGCAAACGCUCUUCGACCGCUUCCAAAACAACAACUUCGCCAUGCACUCGCACCUGUCGACGUUUGGGCACGGCAUUUUCCCUCUCGCCAGUCGCCUUUUUAACCACUCCUGCGUGCCGAACGCCGCCGCUCGCUAUAUAUUGCGCCCCAGGGAGCCUGUCAAGAUGGAGGUCGUGGCAUUGCGUCCCAUUACAGCUGGCGAAGAAAUCUGCAUUCCAUAUGUCGAUCCGGCGCUUCUGGAGACGCGCCAGCAGAUCUUCAAGCUGUCGUACGGGUUUGAAUGUCGAUGCACCUCCUGCCAAUUCCUCAGUCGGAUAUCGAAAAACCAGCUCCCAAGCGAAGCGAGUCCUGACUCGUCGGAACUGGAGGCCGGUCUCCGAGAAUCUUCUGGCGUUGACGAAGGGAGCAUCACCCGUUUGCGAACAUCGAUUCUGCAGGAUACUAUACCUUCGCACCUCCACCCGGCAUUCAAGGAGGCAUUUAUAUCCUCGCUGUCGAAGAAGUUCACGGAUGCCGCCCACGACGGGCCGUAUGAUGUGGCUCAGAAGGCCGGUGCUGCGCUACUGGCACUCUACCUCAUGAUCUACCCGGACAACUACCCACAAGUUGGCAUGCACCUGCUCGAGCUAGCGAAGGUCGUGUGGAACGACAUCGUUAAGAAUGGGGAGGAUCGCGUCAAGCGCCGCACCGCGAGAAACUACGCGACCGCUGCGCGCGGAGUCCUCUCCGUCUUCGGGGAAGAGGGUGACGAAGGAGGGCCUCUCAGCGAGCUGGCGCUGCUUGAGAACCUGCUCUGGAACUCGUGAUCCUUUGUAUCACGCUGUCGCCGCAUCGAUGAGUUACUUACGCUUGCUCGACAUUCAUGCCCGUCCGCCUCGACACCUAUCCCAAACCGCCCGACAUCCCUCCCACACACCCCCAUUCAUCCGGUCUUUUCCUCUCUAUUCAACAUACGUUCGCUUCUUCAAACUCGAUCAAGUACACUGCUUCUCAUUACGGUGUGUACCCGAGUUAUGCGCGCUUAAGCUCGUAGCCUGCGCCUGCAGCCGAUCUAUGUCCGCAUCGACGCUGCGCUUGACCAGUGUCAUGCUACGCUUCCUCAGUGCCAUACCAGCUCGCAGCGCAUGCGACGCGGGGUCGAAGGGCAGAAUGACCCUAUCCGACCGUCGCCCGAAGGCGAUUUAUACCAGGAAGGAGCGUAGUGCGGGCCCGUGUCGAGCGCCCUCUUCA